AUGGUCAAUAUUAUCUCUGCUGCUGAAGGCGCAUUCAACACUCUUACAUCUGGUGCCGUUGGCGCAUUCAACACUGCCACCUCUGGUGCUGCUGGCGCAUUCAAGACCGUCACUUCUGAUGGCGACAAGAUUUUCCAAACCGUUACUUCGGGCGGCGCUGGUGCUUUGCAUACCGCUAUUUCCGGUGCUGAAAGUGUCGGUGCCCGUGUGACUUCUGCUGUGGGCCACGCUGGUGACGACUCCAAGUCCGGAACUGAGACCGCUAGCACUGCUGCUGCGGGCUCUGCCGCGUCUGGUGCUGCUUCUGGUGCCCAAUCCGCCGCUUCUGGUGCCGCAUCUGGCGCUGCUUCUGCUGCCUCCGGUGCCGCUUCUGGCGCAGAGUCUGCUGCCUCUGGUGCUGCUUCAGGCGCUGCUUCAGGCGCUGAAUCCGCCACUUCUGCUGCUGCCUCGGCUGCGGGUUCUGCUGCAGGCUCUGCUUCUGCUGAAGCUUCUGGCUCUGGAAGCUCUGCUUCUGCCUCGGGCGGAUCGCAAAGUUCGAGCUCCUCCAAGUCUUCGAGCCUGAGCUCGUCUGAGGCUGCCGCUGCCUUUGGCACUAACUCCUGGAAAAAGAGUGCUGCUGUUGCUGCACUCGUGGGUUUGUCUUUCGUGAUGAACGUUUUGUAA